AUGUCUGCACCCACUACUCCCAACCACGUUCCUACCACCGGCAACCAAGAUCCGGAUAUUCCUAUGAAGGACCUCUCUAUCAAUGACAAUGACAAUGACAACAUGGUUGAAAAGGAUGAAAAUUCCGCAACCACUGCUUCUUCUGCUGAAAAGGGCAAACAGCCCGCAGCUAAUGCCAACUCCGAGCACGUACCCAGCUCAGCCUGUUCAGUGGGUACUGAAGCAUCUAUGCAUGCUGACCCCUGUUACAUGGCCAGAAGGGCUUACGAAAAGCUCAAAGAGGAGGUAGCUAUUUUGGAGGCUAGCUAUACAGCUGCCAUCAAUAAUGGCUUGGCACAUCAUGAGAGAAUAAAGAAAAGGAAAGAACUUGAGGAGGCACAGUGUGAGCUGGAAGCUUCCAGAAAGGCAUGGAGACGUCAAUAUCCUACACGCCUAGAGUUUUAUUCUAAAGAUGAGAUCGAGGAGGCGAAAAGGCAU